AUGCAAGAGGCUAUUAGUGAAAUUAGAGAUGAUAAAAAAGAUGAUAUAAUUAAGCACUGUAUAUCUGGUGGAUUAGCAGGAAUAUUUGUCGAUAUGGUAUUUUAUCCACUAGAUACUCUUAAAACAAGAAGACAAUCUUAUUUUACUUCAAAUCAUUACCUUCCUUUAUAUAGAUUGAAUAGAAUUAGAACACUUUACUGUGGGUUUAUAACAGCAGUAAUUGGUUCAUUUUCAGCUUCUGCAACUUUUUUUGGGAUAUAUGAAUAUAUAAACCGAUUGAUGGGUGGUAAGGAAAGAAGAACUCGAGAUAUUAUCCUUGCAUCAGUUAUAAGUGAAAUAUGUUCAUCAAUUAUUAGAUACCCCUUUGAAACAAUUAAACAAAAUGCUCAAGUUAUAUCUGAUACAUACUCUCUUCGUCAUUUAUAUAAAUUUAAACAAAUAUUUUUAGGUAUACCUAAAGAUCUGCUUAGCAUAUGGCAUCUUAGGUCUAAAAGUUAUAUGAUACAAUAUGGAAUAUUUGCACUAUACAUCAGGGAUAUACCAUUUAUAGCAAUUGAAUUAAGUUUAUGGGAAUAUAUUAAAGCCUACAGCUUACAUCGGGAAUUCUAUAGUUUGAGUACAAUGGCAGGAGCUCUAUCAGGUGGGAUAGCAGCAGCACUAACAAUGCCAAUGGAUACUUUGAAAACUAGAAUAUUGACGUCUAAAUAUCCAAUAAAUAGGAGUGAUCAAGUAAUAUCUAUAAUAAAAAGUAUAUGGAAAGUACAUGGAAUUAAAGGUUUUUUUAAUGGAAUGAGCUAUAGAAUUACUUUGACUUCACUAGGUGGAUACUUAUAUUUAGGUGCAUUUGAGACAUUCUUAAAUAAAAUGAGUGUUUAA